ACUGAACACUCUCCAGCUGACAAGCCUAAGCCCUUCUUCUCUCCGCCUUUUCUUUCUUCUACCCGUCUCAAAUUCUCCCUCCCAAAACUCCACUACCAGUCCGAACUUCUCUAUCCUAAACGAUAAUGGAGGAACCGACGAAGGGAACGGUUACACCAUUCGCUUCGAUGUUUCCAUUCGAUGAAGCACAGAAGGCGGUGAAGCGAGUGGAGGAUGCGAUUGCGGAGAAGCAGAAGGAGCUCGACCACCUCAAACAAUUCAUCGCCGAUAACACCAAUCUCAUUAACCUCGUUUCCUGCCUCCCCGACGAGCUUCACCACGACGUCAUGGUUCCGUUCGGAAAAGCAGCGUUCUUUCCCGGCCGAUUGAUACACACAAAUGAGUUCAGGGUUCUCCUUGGAGAAGGAUACUACGCGGAUAGAACAGCAAAGCAAACUAUUGAGAUAUUGAAAAGGAGAGGGAAGGCUUUGGAUUCCCAAGCUGAAUCCCUUAAGGCUAACAUAAAGGAUUUAAGAGCUGAGGCUUCGUUUUUUGGUUCUACAGCUGCUGAGGCUGCGGAGGGUCUUGUGGAAAUAAGAGAAGAUUAUGUGGAGAAAAGUUCUAGUGCGGACCAAUCUAAAUCAGAGAAAGGUGACAAUAAAGUUACCAUCGAAGAUGAUGAAUAUGCUCAUAUAAUGUCCAGGUUAGAUGAACUUGAGAAAGAAGAACUUGCAGCAGAAGGGGAGAACGAUAGUGAUGAAGAUGAGCAUACUUAUACAGCAGAUAGUGACAAUGAGAGUGGGGAAGAUGAGUGCAUUGAUAUAGUUGAAGGUGAUAAUGAGAGUGGUGAAGAUGCACAAAUUAAUGCAGCCAAAAGAGAUAGUGACGGUCAUGAAUAUAAUCAAACUGAAGCUAAUUUUAAUAAUUUUGCAUCCCAGACAAGUUUGAAGACAAGGAAAACACAAAAACAGACAGAAGUGAAAAAUUUAUCUGUUGAAGCAUUAUCAAACAAGUUUCACAAUCAAUUAGAUACUACUGAUCAGCCUAAUUGCACAGGUUUGACAGUACAGCCUGUACCCAAAGAUGAUAUGUCAAAUAGAAAACAUCCUACUCGGAUAGAGAAGUCUAUUCCUGAUGAGAAGGAUUUACUGCUUCCUGGAGUGAAGAAAAAAGUUGAAGCAGCAUCUUCAUCUAGAAAUGAGGCGCCCAAUUGGACUACGAAAUCCAGAUUUGAUAGAUUCAAGUGUUUUACAGGACCUAUUGAGGAGUGCUCAAGCAUUACAGAGGAAAACUCGCAAAACCAAACUGUGACUUCAUCACAGACACCUGUACGAGCUUCAAGUCCAGCAUUUGACAGUUCCAAGGCUUUUACAGGUUCAAUUGUGGAGCGUGUUGACAAUGUACCAACUUCACAAGAACGUUCUGCGACUUCAUCACAGUCACCCAAUUCCCAGCCUUCAAAGCCAGUUUCUAGAUUCAAGAUGCAAAGAAGAUAGCUCCCAGUACUGUUAAAAUAAAAUGUAAAUGCAGAAAACCAGGACUGUGCUACGUACUUCGAGCAAUUUUUAUGGAACUUUCUUGUGUGGAAGCAGGUUGAACACAAACCCAUAACAAGUUACUACUGAGAAUGUUUAUCUGGUCGAAUUCAUUGCUGUUCUCUCACUUUCCACCCUGUCAUGAUGUAGUCUCAAUUGCCGUGUAAUGUCUGCAGUCAGUGUCACGUCCACCAUGGCAAAAUAAAUGGCUGUGCGUUCUGCAGACCAUUUAUUUAGACAUAAAGUUCCAUCGAGUUUGAUAUUAUCCCUAUUCUAGAGAUUAAUGCAAAAGUCAGACGCAGCUCAGCGCUAGCUACAUUUAUGGAAUUUGUCCUUCCGUUCCAUCUUCAAGUUUGUUUGUUAUUGCUGAGUAAUGGUGUGCAUUGUUGAGUAGAACAUUCUAGUACCUCUGUUGAUUUAUUAUGGUUUCGUGCAGUCUGUCAUUAUCUUC